CACCCACGUUGACACCACCCUAACCCCCACCUUGCCCACUCCCGCCUGUCCAUCCCGCACCUCCUCACAAACAUGGCCGACCAGCUCAAACACACCAAGAAUGCCAUCAACGCGAAGAAGCAGGAGAUUGCCCAGGAAGAGGCCCAGCGCGCAGAAUGGGCCGAACAGCUGGCCCAGAUGGAUGCCCUGCUCAAGGACACUGGCGACAACGAGGAAAUGAAAUCCAUGCGCAGUGAGAUGGUCCAAACUAUUGCCGCCCACGACGCCAAACUCGAUCGCCUCCGCCCAGAGCUGGCCACUCUUGAGGCUCAAUUGCCCCAAGCCCCGGCUGCUGCCGAGCCUGCAGGCCCCAAGUUCGACCCCGAGAAGCAUCCCCUUCUGCGCAAGGCCGUGGAGAAGCAGGAGCCCGAAAAGACUGUCGCCUUUAGUAUCGGAGACAUCUGCGAGGCCCAGUGGACUGACAGGUCCUGGUACAAGGCAAAGAUUCAGAGUAUCCUGGGUUCCGUCUCGGCUCCCAAGUACCUCGUCCGCUUCAUCGAGUACGAUGACACCAUGACCGUUGACCGCACCGCCGUCCGCCCUCUUCCAACCAAGCGCAAGCGAGAACCCGAGACAGCCUCUACCCCGACUCCUUCAGCCCCCGUCACCUCUUCGCAUGUCAUCUCUGGUCCUGCCACGACGAAUCCCAACGCCGUGGCUGCCAAGCCUGCUGGCACCAACGAAGACAUGGCCAACAAGAAGCCCAGCCGAGUUCCUACAAAGGGAACCCUCAAGAAACGGGCAUCGGCUUGGGCCGACUUCCAGAAUAAAGUUUCCAAGAAGGGUGUCGCCAAAAAGGAGUCCAUGUUCCGUACCAGCACCGAGGCUGGCAGCAGAGUCGGCUUCACGGGCUCUGGCAAGGGCAUGACCGAAACCCACAAGCGUCAGCGCUACGAUCACAAGGCCGAUGCCGACAACGACGACGACUACCCUGCUUAAGGCGGCCUCUCUUGAAACAGCUACGCAUCAGCUGGCUGAAUUCUCUGUGACCUAGACACGUCGGGCAGGAAACAGCAAAACACACCUCGUCGAGCCACCAUGCUCUUCAGCCUUGCUCCAGAAGGACCCUUGCUGACUUGAUGCAGCCCUUUAUCUUACAUGAUAUUCACACCCCACGACUCCUCGCUUGCAUCAUCACGGCGUUCCCGGCAUCUGCAUAUUUCUGGCGUUCGAUACCCUCCCAUAUUUGAAGCUGACGCAAGCGACUGCGAAAUCUGCUGUGCUGA